ACCAUCGAUAACGUGACGGUUGAUGCUCAUCCUAUUGAACAAGCUAUUGUCAUCAAGUAUCAAGUGGAAAACAGUCGAAACCAUCGCACCACAGAAUGUCAAAAGCUGAUUAACCUCAAAGAUCUCAAUGAAGACGUUGACGUCCAGUUAUUGGCUGAUGUUGUUAUGGAAAAAUGUGCUCUCAUACCAGAAGGAAUGCGUCAAGAAGUUGAACAAAUUCUGUUCUACUUACAAAACAGGAAUAAACGUGCUAAGACUCUUAUCGGUGCAUUAGCUCGUGUAUUCCGCGAGGAUUGGAAGAAGAAUUUUGAAUUAGCUACCACAAUUAUACGCAUAUUUGUACAAUUCUCAUACUAUAACCAAUUUCAAGCAACUUUAUCUCAUCACAAGAUUGGCGCCUUAUGCAUGAAUGCUAUAGAGUAUGAGAUAAAGCGCGGCGAUUUAUGGGCAGCUGAAUCGAAAAAUGCAGACGAGAAAACGGCACGAAAGUGUCGUCUAGCUAUACGCAAGCAACAAACGCUCUUGGCAGCGUGCAUCACUUUGCUAACCAAUCUUGCUCAUGACAUUAACGUGGAGCUCAAAAUGGUCCGCCGAGAUAUCGUGCCGAUUCUAUUACGCUGCUUGAGCAUGCGAGAUUCAGCCGAACUUACGCUGGCUACGGUUCAGUUUCUGCUGAAAUUGAGCAUCUUUGAAGAGAACAAGUCAGCCAUGGAACAAGGAGAUAUUAUCGGGAAAUUGUUGCAAUUAUUCCCGAUCGGUGAUGUCGAACUACGCAAAGUCACAAUACGUCUGCUCUUCAACCUUUCUUUCGACGCGAAAUCUCGCCGAAGAAUGGUUGCUGAAGGUCUUGUCACUCACGUCGCUCCUCUAAUCGAAAGUGAUGCUAAAGCACUAAAUCUCUUGUAUCAACUCAGCGUGAACGACGAUGCCAAAGCCAUGCUAACAUUCACGGAUGCGAUGCAAUUGCUCAUGCGCGAUUUGCUCACUGGGAACGGUAGCGAAGCGACAAAAGCGGUUUUGCUGAAUGCUUGCGCAGAGAAGAGGAAUGCUCAACUUGUAUGCGGUCACGAUGGACAAGGACUUGCUCUACUGAUGGAUGCUGCAAUUGAUGGACGCGAUUUAAUGGUAGCGAAGAUUGUGCGGAGCAUUGCUAGUCAUGAAGGACCUACACAGGAUAUGUUUGUGAGCUCGAUGCCCAGGCUUCUCGAAGCGGGAAUGAAGAACGCCCUCACGCAGGAAGACGAAAACAUAGCGUUAGGUUUGGAAUUCAUCGGUACUGCAGCUCUGAUAAAAGUAGCAGAUUGGAGCAGCUUAAGUACUUCGUACGAUCUCGUGAAUUGGAUAGGGGAGAGACUGAAAGCUUCUGGUGGUGAGAACGAACCUCUUCAAUUGCAGUUAGUAAUAAUGUGUGGUACUAUGGCUCGACAGGUCGAUGCAGCAAGAACUUUAGUACCGCUUCUUGAAGUGUUCCUUCAACUUCUCCACACAAUGCAAGAAGAUGACGAAUUUGUUGCGCAACUACUGUAUCUUUUCCUACAACUGCUCCGUCAUCGUGAAUUAGCCAACCGCCUAAUGGGCCCUGACUCCGCUCUCGGUGCUUAUGUAAUUGAUCUUAUGCACGAUAAAAAUCCGGCAAUCCGUGAAAUGUGUGACAACGCCUUGGUGAUUAUAGGGAUGGGUAUAGCCUGGUUAUGGGAAUCAGCUCGCCACAAGCAGGGUGAGCGAGGACUCGCGGCUUCGGGAGCUUGUCUGUGUUGCGUUGUUGUCUUAGCGUAUUGCGUGUCAGCUAGCCACUCCAUAGUUUUGAUGUCUGCUAUGUGGAUCUCAAUAUUUGCACUCUGCUCACUUCUUUCGGCGUUGUAUUCGAUGACGAUUACGCAUAAGCCUAUGGAGAAGUUCAGCUACGGUCUAGCGCGAGUUCCUGUUCUGGCCGUCUUCAGCACUACUGUACUUGCGCAGUUGUUCUCAAUAUUUUUGUCGAAGGAAUCCUUCGAACAUUUACUAUCCCCCGAGCAUCAAGGAUCACACGAUGCGGCGGCUGCACAUGAACACGAAGUGGAAGUUGUAGGUAAACAUGAUUUCCCUUGGGCAGACCCUGUCUGCUGUCUUUUAUUGUCGGUGGCGGUAUUUUCGACAAUGUGGCCUUUAUCCACGUAUACCGGCAUGAUUCUAUUGCAGACAGCACCUCCUCAUCUUCUCAAUCAAAUUGACAGAUGUAUUUCUGAAGCGUCAACUAUCGACGGUGUUCUGGAAAUACGCUCACGUCACUUUUGGCAACUGGAUUUCGGGCAGCUAGUUGGAACUGUGGACGUGCGAGUUCGAAGGGACGCAGACGAACAAAACGUACUAACUCUUGUCACUGAUAAGAUGUCAUCUGUUGUAAGCAUGCUCACAGUUCAGAUUGUUAAAGACGCUGCAUGGCACACGGUUGAGGGAACGAAUCCGGGUCACGGGCAUACGUAUGGUGACCCACAUGUUCAUGGAGAUAACCACAGUCACGAUCAUUCCCAUGACCAGAGUGCUUACGGUGUAGCUGGUUAUGGAAAUCCAGCAAGCGCACAACAGGGAUACAGUAGCCCUCCAGUUUUUAGCCCUUCCCAUGGUCACAGCCACGAUGGCGUAACCUAUCAUUGA